GUAUAUAUAUACACAUAUAUCUAUAUAUAUGGUUAAGAUGAGUGGUUUGUGUAGGUGUAUACUACGUGUGUGUAAGUGUGUCUGUGUGUGUGUGGCGCGCGUACGAAUACAUGGGCACGCACGGAUAUUGUUGUUACUAGACCUAUGUCAGACAGCCAUAUUGUACAUUUUUUUAACUCAACCGUCAUGUUUCUCGUUAACCUAGCCCCAGCGUCGCGAUAAUAUCUCUCGUUUCGGAGCGGUUCUCGACCAUGAUAUUUCGGGCGCUCACGAAUAAUAGGCGUUUACGAAUUAUGGGGAAUAUCCUGUUCGAAUUUCGAGUUAGCAACCGGACUCGCCGUGACGGGCUCUCUUUGUCUUUGUUCCAACGUUAGUCGUCCUCGCACGCGGGUUUAGUUACGCCGCUCCGGCAAAUAAUACGGUUGUUUUUUCCCCCCAUAGCUGAGUGAGAUCGUGCGUGCGUCGCGUUUUACCAUAUUUAAAAAGACCGAAGCUUAGCGAAUAAGGAAAUUCGUGUAUCAUUGAGCCGCAAUGAUGGAUUCUGGGAGUAACUUGCCUAAUCCCGUGAAUUAUCCGGGAGGGGACCGUCAACAAUUCUGUGUCUCUUGGAAUUCUCACCAAUCCAACAUGCACAGUGCAUUUCCAAAGCUGCUGAGCUCGGAACAGUUUGUCGACGUGACUUUGGCUUGUGACGGAGGCUCGAUAAAAUGCCACAGGGUCGUGUUGUCUGCCUGCAGUGACUACUUGGAACGUUUGCUGCUGGAGAUACCAUGCACUCAUCCAAUCAUCUUUUUAAGAGACAUGAGAAUGUGGGAGUUACAAGCUUUAGUUGAGUUUAUGUAUCGUGGAGAAGUGUAUGUGGAACAACAACAAUUGGCAAAACUAAUGCAAGCAGCAGACGUUUUGCAAAUACGUGGUUUAUCCAGCCAGUGCGAGAACAAUUUGAGCGACAGCAAUACACAAAAUGAUUCUAACGCGCCCGUUACUCCAUCACCACCUAUUCAAGACACCCCUAGUUUCAAGACCGAGGAUACUUCAACCAAUAGUGGUAACAACACCAACUUUCUCCCGUGUUCGGCGAUGGCGACGACCAGCUCAGGAAAUAGUUCGUCGCACACCGUCACGCUUGUUCCACAAAAUUCCAAUUCGUCAUCCAACUUUGUGAGUAUGGAGCACAACGAGGCACUGCAGCAUCUGGAGAAAGCUCUCAGUGCGUGCGAAGCUACCCUCACUGAAACCACGGGUAUGGUGAAGAUGGAGCCUGACGAGCAGUUCACUCAGCAGCAGGACGUCAAACCCUAUUCCAUUAGUAUGGUAUCCACUAAUAAUUGCAACCCUACCAGCCCAUUCCCCGCUAUAGAAGGUUAUCAAAGACGACAAAGGCGCUCGGAAGAGGAACUCAAGCAAGCUUCGGACAUGGUGGCACGCGGCAUGACAUUUCAAGUAGCUUCAGAAAAGUACAAUAUACCGAUCAGCACAAUUCGAUUCUACAUGGUUAGGAAGGGCAUCUUGCAAAGGCGAAAACGCGGUCGCGGCUCGAGCAAUCUCGGAAUGAACAGUCAACCGGAUAGUCCAGCCAGUCCACCGUAUCAUAUGAUGAAUUACCGUUUGCCGGAGAGCCUAAAUUCCAGCCUACCGUAGUGCUGUACAAACAAGAGUACCGUGUUCCGUUCUUCUACUUAGUGACCGAUGUAGCUUGUAUACAUGGAUAGCAUGAAAUUUCUUUUUUGGAUCUUACAUCAAUAUAUCGCUCGAAGCAGACUAUACAAAAUUAUAUUAUACAAAGUAUAAUUUAAAAAGAAAAAGAUGAAAAUGAAGAAGAAGAAGAGAAGAAGAAUGACUAUGUCAUAUAUAACCGAUAUUUUUUUAAUGACCUCAGAAUGUUUUGACGAGUAGACACAUCUCCGUAGUGUAAGUUAUUUUUUAUUACAUCAUAUAUUUAUAUGAUUCAGUGAAGCGCAUCUUACUCUCAUUAAGUUGUCUGUGGCAUCUGUAACACCGUUAAUGCGCGCAUAUAUAUAUAUAUAUAUAUAUAUAUAUAUAUAUAUAUAUGUAUAUAUAUAUACAUACACACACACCGGGUAUUUAUCUGUUUUGUAACUUAAAUAAGCCUUCAUGAUGAAAAUUACGACGAUACUUUAUAUCCUGCUGCACCAGGAGAGUGACGCUUAAAGAUCAAAAUGUAUACAAAUUGUAGAAAGACAAUGGGACUUGUCCACAAACGAUUAGUCACUAUGUUUAAGACUGGUAACACGUGGCUAACAUAACCAGACAAAGUCUUAGACACAGCAAUCCUCAAUCUAUUAUACAGAUAUUUUUGUAGGCACUUUGUCGAGGAAAGUUUCUUCUUUCUGCCUUUAUUCUAUAUACCUUGAUAACUUAUACAGUGUAAGAGGACCGGUAUUUAUUCAAAGUUUACCAUUUAGCUUUGUUGAACAUCACAAGAGAUGAACGAUCAUGACGUAUGUAGUGUAAUGCUUUUUACAUGCUAGUGUACAAAUGACAGCAUUUGUAAUUGAUGAUAAGAAUUACCGGUGUCCGUAAAAAUCACAAGAUCGGCUCUUCUCGUUAUUUUUACGAAUACUGGUUCUGCCUUUUCAAAGAGGUUUAAUUAUAUGACAACAACUGUGGCGCAUAUAAUGUAAUUGUAACGGUGUAUUGCCUUUGUUAAAUAGCAUUUGGAUAAAGCCAUAUUUUUCCAUGCAACGCAAUAAUCCAGCAAAGUAAAUUACAAUAACUGAGAAGCAGCCUAAAAAUAGGAAAGAGUGCCAGAUACAAAAAUAAUAAAAAAAUGGACAUGAACAAUAACACAUAGAAGAUAAAGUAAAGUUUACUAUCACUUAGAAUGUAACUGCCUUUCUCUGGCCUCAUACCGGAUCAUUAAUUUAUUUAUAUUAGACAAUAUACAAAAUACGUGUAAAGAAAAAAGUGAAUUAAUCUAACUUUAGAGAGCUUGCUAGAGCUUCUAUUACUUGCAGUAAGACUGCUACCAUCCGACUGAUGAACACGUUUUCAAGAUUCAAGUUGAACAUUUAAUCCAGCAUAUGUCACAGAUCUUAUUAUAACUUGUAUUUAUUCUCAUUUAAUCAUUUUCUACGUGCGACCAUACGUAUAUUAAUCAGUUAUCUUCUUACUUUUACAAGAUAUCGAGAUAUCGGAAGAAAAAGAAGAGAAUUAGUCACAUAUUGGAUAUUGUGAUGUUAAUGUGAACUAAAGAAGAGAAGAAAAAAAAAGACAUGACUUACAAUUGUUGCCUGUUGCAAUGUCCAGACAGUUGAGGUAAUGACUUACUCGUAUAUAGCAUUCUUUCCGAAAGAAUCAGUAUCGUGUAAAUCAUUGUUCUAAGAGUUCCAGUUGACAAAGGUUUUAUACGGAUCUAUUAAACCAGUAUUUCAAACCAAUGAGAAAUAAUUAGUUUUCUAAUAAUACAUAAUACAUUUUACGUGAAUUUAGUACAGUGCUUAAGUCAGUAAUGCUCAGCGUAUCUAACAAAUAUUUUUAGUGGAAGUCCGUGUCAUACUCACAUGUAUCAUAAUGUCUUAAAGUAUGUAACUAAACCACAAUCAAAGAAGUGUGAACGAUACUUAAUGACUAUUAUCAUAGCCACUAUUGUAGCAGUAAAUAUAUAGGUAGCCACUUUGAGGCAGUUUAUAUUAUAUUUAAUUACACGAUACUAUAUAUAUUGCUUUGGUCUCUCCGUUUUUAUGAUGGUAUUAUUAUUUGUAGAUAGAAUCAUAAAACUCUAUAGAGUCGAUUUUUGAACCUCGUAUCACUUAUUUUUAAGUCUUUUUUACAGUUACCGAGAUAAAUAUCUAAUAUGGAUUAAAUAGGCAAUGCAAUUAAAAGUCCAACAUAUACACACAUAGAUGAGAUCUGUUUGCGUAUCAGUAUGAUUACGGUGGACAUUUUGUUCUUGUUAUCUCUCGGGAUAUGCGCAUAUGAUUAUUGCAUCGUACUUUUGGCAACGCUAAACCAGUAUAUAUUUGUAUAAGUCGUAUUUUUGUGUCCCAUUUUUUAGCUUAAGUUUUUAUUAUUAUAAUUCGGAUUUUGUACGGUUGUAUGUGUGGUGAGCUUCUCUCAAGGUAACACGUCGCACUUGAAUGAACAUAAUCUGAGGGCACAUUUGUGGAAGCCUUGAAAUGAUUUCAAUCAAAAUAUCAGAAUAUUAUGGUUGAAAUAUUUUUCAUCAAUAUAUAAAUUUAUAUAUAUAUAUAUAUAUAUACAUUGUAAUGUGUUUACUAUAAUAUUAACUUUCCCAUUUAUUGGUCUGUGCCCUUUGACUUCGUGUUACGUCGGGAAAUGCACUCCGGACGAUCUAGCAAAGAUCCGAUGUACGUUUAUCAUCUUCCUAAAAUUAUAAAUCGUUAACACACUGUUGCUUGCCUAUUUACGAUCGCGAGUGGAAAUUAAGUGCUUUGAUGUUUCGUAAAUGAGUUGUAGCGACGGAUUACUGACUUGAAUAAGAGUUCAAUUUUCUAACCGUAGAUUCCGUAAGAGUAAUAACACUCUAAUAUGAUCACUAGGGCUUUAUAUGAUAUCUGCAGUAUGCGACAGAUUACACUGAAUCGACGCCGACGCUUCGAUCUCCAUUUCCCGGUGAGAUUCGCAGUUCGUUAUAGUUCCCUUCGCGUAGCUCGACUGUCAGGGACAUCUUCGAAGCGAUCUGCAAUUCAGUAUCGUGCGUUGCGUGCAAAAAGUCGACUGCGUUCGUCCGACGAUCAUCGCGUCGUCGUGCGCCUCCGUAGAUAGUCACACUUAUUAUCAUUACACAUACAAAUUGUAUAUUGUAUUAUUCUCGAAAGCCCGUAUUCAGGACUCUAUGAGGAAGCGUACGGUAACAUCUUCACUUUCGGAUAUUCACGCGACUUUGUCGGUUGUUUCGAGACGAAAUUCGCAAAACUUCAACAACGUCAAGUUAUGUCAGUAUCGUUCGAUUAUCACGCCGACAUCACUCAAUGUACAUUAAUUAAUUUUGCACUGUUUCUAUUUUUUCUUUUUUCUCCUAUCAAUGAGACCACUGACGGCUCUUGUGCGAGGAGUUGCAUAAUAGUUCCAAAUAUGCUAUCAGUAACAAUAUAUCGCCAACAUUAUUGUUACGUGCGAAUGUACAUUUAGAUUUUGCGGCAGAACGAUAUGAUGUAUCUCGACUUUGCCAAAGUAUUGGUGCCGUCGCUACAGCGUUCCGAAUAUGGGCCGAAGCGUGCGGGUUCAGUGUAAUGCGGAAAGACACGUGUACGCACGAAAAUACACGUAUCCAUACGCGAGCGCGUGCAUACACCCACACACGUGGAUACAUGGUAUCGCACGACACACACACACACACGCAUGUAUAUGGAAAAAACGAGACAUACAACGGACGAGGGAUGGGGCAGGUCGAACUCGUCGUGACUGUAAUACAAUUUGCAGAAUACCGUGCCGUUCGGUUUGCUCGUGACAAACCAGCUUUUGUAAUUCGCGUAAGAUAAUGUAUGUCUAUGUGUGAGAGAGAGAGAGAGAGAGAGAGAGAGAGA